CGGUAUUUUUUUGUAUCCGGAAAAAAAUUCUGUAGUGUUGUGUCGAAGGGCUUAACAAGCUACAAGGCAAAUUUCAUAAAUGGCUGGAAAAUCAAUUAAUACUCUCUCUUGAACAAACAUUGCACGUAAUGUUAUUUUUUGUGUAUGUCUGUGUCUCGUAGUUUGUUAGGUUAUCGGUUUCCGGUAUAUGAAAUCAGCCCAGACAACUCUUUGAGUACAAGACAUUAUCUGUACCCCAACAUGUUUGGGAAUCAGGAGACAAUUGGUGUCCAAUCAAAUCGUCCAAGUAAAGUGACGCAACAAAUCUGGCUUCUCCAGGUCAAUACAUAGCGUUGCUGGGGCACCGCAUUCCUGGGCUGACUCCUGACCGGGAUUUAUAAACAACGGUUAGUCAGGCUUAAUGAUGUAUUCGACUCUUCUUGUCUCAGCGAUGAUAUUUAAUUUACUGGUCACUACGUCUGGUACACAUGGAGUGUUUGAAGUCAAAUUCAUUAAAUUUGAAAAUCCAACAGGACGUGAUUUCAAUGGAGGAUAUUGCGAUACUUUUAAUGAUUGUGACACAUAUCUCCAGAUUUGUAUUGGGUCUCCACGUCCUCCAAUGUCAUCCACGUGCACAGCAAAUUUUAAACAGUAUGAAGCCCCGAGUAACACAAACUCUUUUGAUAUAAACACCGAACCAUACAGUUUCCAGUUUUCAAAACUGCAGAAAGAUUUUGGUACGUACGUAGAAGCAUGGGAUGACGAUACAAAACCUAAUAAAGACGACAAAAUCGAUACAUUUUGGUUUGACUUUCAAAACCAACCCUCAGCAAAUGGAAGCAUACCAAAUUGGACUACUAARUCACAAAAAGGCAGACGAACAAAAUCAACUAAAUGCACAUUGUAUUACAAAUUUCGCAUCUACUGUUCAACGCACUACUAUGGUAAGACAUGUGAUAAGUACUGCAAAUACACGGACUCGUUCAGGAAUGGGCACUAUAGCUGUGACAGCACUGGUGAAAAAAUAUGUCAUCCCAACUGGUAUGGACAGAACUGUACUGUGUAUUGUAAGCCAACAGAUGGUUUGGAUGGACAUUACAGCUGUAGUAUUGAAGGUACCAAAGUAUGUCAUCCUUACUGGUAUGGACAGAAUUGUACUGUGUACUGUAAACCAACUGAUGGUUGGGACGGACAUUACAACUGUAGUCUUGAAGGAAGCAAAGUAUGUCAUCCUAACUGGUAUGGACAGAACUGUACUGUGUAUUGUAAACCAACAGAUGGUUUGGACGGACAUUACAACUGUAGCCUUGAAGGAAGCAAAGUAUGUCAUCCUAACUGGUAUGUACAGAAUUGUACUGUGUAUUGUAAGUCAACUGAUGGAUUGAUUGGACAUUACAACUGUAGUCUUGAAGGAAGCAAAGUAUGUCAUCCCAACUGGUAUGGAGAUAAGUGCUCGAGAUUUUGUAAACCGAGAAAUGAUAGUUUUGGCCAUUACGUUUGCAAUACAACAACCGGUCAUAAGAUAUGUCGUGCCGGCUGGUAUGAUGCAAACUGUACGUUGAUGAGUUUUAUUCCAAGUUCAAGUGCAAUUUCAACGUUAAUUUCGUCGUCGCAUUCUGUGCUUUCCGACAGCACUAAAAACAUGGCGAGCAUUCCAAAAAGCUUGGUAUUUUCAUCGAGUUAUUCCAGCACCUCACGUGAUAUCACCAUGACAACUAUGCUACCGUUUAGUAGCUCCAUACAUUCCAGUUUGUCAACGAGAUGUGACACUUCGUCAGUUGGUAGAUUAUAUUCUAGCUCCCCUUGGUUAAUAUCAACUCUAUCCCAUUCAACAAACACUAAAUACAUCUCUACUACUGGAAAUGUGUUGCAUUCAUCUGUAAAGAUAGCUUCAAUGACGCUUUCUCCGAGUAUCGUCCUUAACUCAAGUAUCUCAUCAAAAAAAAGUAUCUCGCGUCCUUUCACAAGCAUUUCAACCAAAAGCAUCUCACUUCCUUUCACAAGCAUUUCAUCCCAAAUCAUUUCACUUCCUUCCACAAGCAUUUCAUCCAAAAGUACCUCCCUUCCUUUCACGAGUAUUUCAUCCAAAAGUACCUCACUUCCUUCCACUAUCUUUCCAUCCAAAAGUACCUCACUUCCUUCCACUAUCUUUCUAUCCAAAAGUGACUCACUUCCUUCCACUAUUUUUCCAUCCAAAAGUACCUCACUUCCUUCCACUAUCUUUCCAUCCAAAAGUGCCUCGCUUCCUUCCACUAUCUUUCCAUCCAAAAGUGCCUCGCUUCCUUCCACGAGCAUCCCUUCCAACUCUACUUCACCUCCAGAUGUUAAUGUUCCGAGCUGGAGCCAGAAAGCCAAGAAAUGGCUUGUGAAAACGUGGAAAAAACCGAUUGGGAAAAUAGCUGUUGCUCUCAUCAUACUGUGUUUGAUUAUACUUGUCAUUGUCUUGGUUCGACGAAAGAGAAGGAAACGUCCUUCGCCGCAGAAGGCUGUAGAUGGAACAAAUGGCUUUAGCAAUAUCGAUAUGCCUGCCUGCCUUCUCUUGGACGCAGCGUAUGUUGGUGAAAUGGAAGAAAUUGAACCUGCGAAGAAGAACCGGACCCAAUCCCAUGGUCCAAUGCCAGAACCGAUUUUUGGUGCAAGUAACCCUUUCUUUGACGACAAAACGAAGUUUCUACACCUUGAUAACUACGAUGUGAGCAAUAGAGUGGAGCGUGAAAAGACCAGGAGUUCUAGCAAGAGUGAAACAAAGACGAGAUCCAUUAGUAAUCCUUUCUAUGCUGACGAAUCCAAAUAUGUCAAACUGAACGACAACAAUGAAUCCAACUUGUGAACGGUAUAUCACGUGAUUGACAUCGAAAUGAUCGAGGACUGAGAUGAUAUCAUAACCAAAGCUCGCUUUCAGGUACGAGCGACCCUCUGACAAGGAGCGACAUCGCAUGCUUACUGAAUUUAUUAAUUGUUGUUGAAGCAAGUAUAUUGGGUUUCACGAGACAAGGAAACAAUUAUUAAAAUUACAACAAAACGAUACGGUUGUUUUUCAAGCCGGUCUGCUAGUGUCUGUUAGCUUAGUAAAUAUUUCAUUCGUCGUUAAAGUAUUACAUUAGACAAAUGGCCCUUAUACAAUGGGUUAAACAAAAAUAAUAACACGGUUAAAGAAUCAUAACCACCCAUCGUACCUUGC